CAUUUGCUUCUAGAGAAAUGCGGUAGCAUGACUCAAAGUCAGUUGCCUGUGUUUUCAGAUAAGGAGUCCUACAAUCAGAAAGCCAAGGGCUCCGAGGACCUCAUUGAUCAACGCCGACAAGCCUAGGAGCGAUGGGUCUGUGUGGAGUUGUGCUGCUGUGUGUAGUGUGUGUACUUCAAGUGCAUGGCAUUGAGGUUAUCGGUUACAGCGGUCAGUCGGUGGUCCUGAAGUCUGGAGUGGACAGAUCAUGGAAUCUCACCAAAGUUCAGUGGUCCAUUUAUAAGAACUUCACAUACAUCACGCGUCUAAAUAACGGUUAUCCGUUUUUUCACAACUUCUGGAAAUAUGAGGGUCGACUUAGCCUCGACAGCAAAACGGGAGAUUUAACGAUCCACAAUGUGAAGACUGACGACAGCUUGACAUACACCGUGGAAUUGGUCAACUCGGAUGGCAUACAAAAACAAAACAAAGUGCGUCUCAUGGUUCAAGAAAGUCUCGAGACACCUGAGGUUCAGAACAAGAUGUGUUCCCUCAGUUCCCACCAGUGCUACGUUGCUCUCGAGUGCACCGCAUCUGGCCAAAACGUCAAUUUGUCCUGGAUGCCUAGCAAAGAGUUCAACGGUUCGACGUACAUUUCAGAAAUUCGUAACUCUUCGCUGGUUCUUCUGGCAUCAUUUAGGGGCAACAGAAAUGUGACGUUUAACUGCACCGUCUCUAGAGGUCAGCAGACGGUGACCAGGCAAAUAACAGUGGGAUGUUCAGAAGAGAAGGAGAACCAGAAGUGCGAAGUCUGCACCGUUUGUGGUUCCUGCACGUCUUCUGUGAUGCUGGCUAUUGCGUUCACCGCUCUAGCUACAGUUUUGAUCUCAUAUGCAUGUAGAAAAUAUAAAGACAAAAUUAUAGAUGCUUGCACGGACGUCUCCUCCUUUUCACCCAAAAUCAUAUCACGGACAUCGCCCACGUAACGGACGUAAUAUGAGUUUUUUUGAAGCACCGCCGCCAUUGCGUUUGUUUUACUGUAAAGAAAACAAUGCUUUGUCCUCAUUACGAGCGGUCUGUGAAAUGUGUCAUCUGUGUUUUCUGGUGAAUCAAGCAACAUUUUCAAAGGUACCACAAUUGGAUGUUGUUUUCAAAUUUCAUUCGUCUGAAAGAUCUGAUCAUGAAUCAGCACGGCAGCUUUCGGUAACACUUUCUAUGAAGCCUGUGCAUUAUAAGGACAUCCGUAAGGCAUUAUAACGAAUGCAUAAUGCAUUUUACAAAAACGUACAAUGUGUAACACCAUUUCAUGAAUAACCUUAAAAACAAUUAUAAUACAGCAUGAUAUUUAGAUAUUUGUGAUUUAUAACUUUUAAGGGUAUGAUUAUAAUAUACACAAUUAUAUAUACACAAUGAACACCUUAUUAAAUGUACUUCAUUUCUAUCAUAUCUUGACAUUGAAAUGAAACUCUUAAAAGCUAUUGCCAAAUAUUAUAUCACAUUAUAUCACCUUAAGAAUACCUUUAUACUGUAUUAUAAUAGAGGCUUCGUAGAAAGUGUUAACCAGCGUUUUUUAAAUUUUUUUAUUUAUUUAUUUAGUUUUUAUUUUAGUUUUACUCGCUCACUCCCAAGUGGUCUCACACAAGCUUGGUCAGGACCUUGGCGUUGCGUUUUGACGCUCAAGGUACCCCUUUAGUGGUAUUUUUCGAUGUAUUUUAUACCAGGGUUCCUCAAGUCUUACCCUUGAGGUCCAAUGCACUGCAGAGUUUAGCUCCAACCAGGAUAAAACUCUGCUUUUCUAAUGAUCCUGAAGACACUGAUCAGCACGCUCAGGCGUGUUUGAUUGGGGUUAAAGCCAAACUCUGCAGGACAAUGGAUCUUGAGGUCCAGAUUUGAGGAUCAGUGGUGUAUACUGUUCAAAGGGAGUGAAAGGAAGUGUGCGGAUCUGUAAUAAAACGCCCCCAGCAAGGCUCCUCGGAGUGAACGAAGGCCUCCUGUAGAGGUCCUGGUGGAUGUCGUAAAAGCCAAGAGGAGACCGGUUUACAUCUGCUCCUACAUUUCCCAGAGGCUCGCCACGGCUCGCAUAUACUACGGCAUCCAGGACUGCUUCCGGUUACCACAGUCAACAGGAGGGAAAGACGUUUGAAAUAUGGACAUUUAUCUUAUAAACAUGGAUUUGUCACUAGCCUUUAUUCACCCCGAGCCGUGAGAGGUAUUAUUACGGAUACACACACUUUAUUUCAUGUCUUCUGAACUGUAUAUAGCAAACACCCACUUAUUCCCAUGGGAAGGCUUGUCGGGAUCAGGACAAGGGCACACGCACCUAGGACGCCUUCGUAAAGCAGCCUCAUUUUUUAUUGUAGCUUCUUUGUUGGAAACUCCUUGUGAAACUUGUUUUCGAUGUCAUUUCUGGUUGUUUGAUGAACAACAGCAGUAUGUGUCACAGCUAUUCUCAGCAACGACUUGUCUAUGUAGGUCAUUGUGCUGUUUUGUCAGUGGGAAGUGGUCAGGGUUAUUUCGAAAUUAACACAUGACCUCAGUUUCAGCAUAUCUGUACGAGCGAACCCUUCAGACCCAGUAAAAAGAUAAAUGUAUUUUUUUUUAUCAUGUUGUAUAUGACACAGUGUCUAUAGAGGCAUUUGUUUGCCUGCUCUAUUGGUCCUGUUUUACGUUUUUGCUUGAAGUAUAAUGCUAUGCUAUCAUUUUAUGUCAACUUUUGUUUGUGUGUCUUUGUUGUGUCAUUAUUUUGUUUUGUGUUUGUUAAAAAAGGUGACCUUUGAACUUUAA